AAAAAGUGACGUUUGCGAAUAGUAGUAGAAAAAUUUUCCAAUUCACAAAAAUUACGGAAUAAAAACGCAAGAAAAAUUAAAAAUUUACGGGGAAAAUCUUAAGAAUAUUACAAAAUUUUUGCAUAAAAAUAUUAAAUAUAUGCUAACGAAUCAAAAAAAUUUAUCACAACUCUCAACUUAAACAACCAUACACGAAAAUAGCAACCUACUAUUUGAGAGCAGAGCAAAACGAACAACUUUAACGAAAUAAUAACCAUUAAUAGAAAUCAGAAACAAAAAGGAGAAUAAGUGGCUGAAACACAAAAGCAGCAGCAGCAGAACGAGAAAAAGCAACAUCACCAUCAUCAUCACCAUCAACUACAUAACCAGCACACCACCUGAUAGGAGGUGGUGGGAGUUCAGGCAACAACAAACACACGAAAAACAAACGCAAACGCAAUAGAAAGGAAGAAGAAAACAGAACAGAGUACAAUACCAAACACCACUACAGAAAAAAAUCCAACAAAAAAACAUUAUUUUUUUUAUACGGGCGCCCAGUAGUAGUACAACAAUAAUAGCAACACAAAGCUAAAAUUCCAACAAACUAAAGGCGACAACAAGAACAACAGCUACACACAAAAAGUAUCAUCACAGGCUGGUGUAUUUAACAACAACAACACAAAUCCAAAGACUCCCGACAAAUAAUAAUAACAAGAACAACAAAAAACCCAUUGGCAAAUAGUAAAGUUUAGUUGGUAGAGCAAAGAAGAAAACUGGAGCAUAAGAAAAUUCAAUCCAUCCCAUUUAAGGAAUACAUACUCAAAAAGCCACUUUAAACUAUUUUAUUCAUCAACAAAAACAGCUCCUCAGUGGGAUUCCUUCUUGAAAAGAAAACACAAAAGAUCCAUCCCAUCUAUCAGAACCAUUAUUCAGCCGGAAUACAAUAAACAAAUUGUCAAAGUGUGUCAUACAUUUUACUGUUGUACGUCACUACUCUUCUAUACUCUCUGUACACUUAAACAAUUUUAAGUGCAUUGGCCUAAUUUCCAAAAGAAAAAAAAACGAAAAGAACCGAAAAAAAGUAUAGACAAAUAUUUUCUUCCAAAAAAAAACUCGCAUUUGGUAUUUAGUGUAACUCUAACUUGCUAACUCUUUAACUGACUGGUUGCUACUUGUUGUAAAUCAAAAUCGUUGCCACCGCCAGUAGUAGUAUUUCCAAAAAUUCCACUAUGAAUCCAGCUACAGAUCCUUGGGUUAUAACCCAACGAGAAAAAUUGAAAUAUCAAGAACAAUUUAAGGCACUGCAACCACAAAAUGGUUUUGUUACCGGUGCCCAAGCCAAAGGUUUCUUCUUACAAUCUCAAUUGCCGCCUUUGAUACUUGGUCAGAUAUGGGCUUUGGCUGAUACGGAUUCCGAUGGCAAAAUGAACAUUAAUGAGUUUAGUAUUGCAUGUAAACUAAUAAAUUUAAAACUACGCGGCAUGGAGGUACCUAAAGCUUUGCCGCCAACACUUUUGGUCUCGCUGACAUCGAUGGGUACAACACCCACCUUAACGCCUACCGGCGCUGGCAGCUUAAGUCCAUUGGAUCCCCUCAAGAGUGUGGCGGGUUCAAUGAAGCCGGAAAUACCAGCAGCACCAGCACCCGUAGCAAUGACAAAUGUAGCGAUGGCAGCAGCUUCUGUACCCACAGCUGCUCCCAUAGCACCAAUGGCCGGUGCUGUGCCCAUAGUACCUGGAAUGGUACCCGGUACAUUGCCGGGUAUUGUGCCACAAGCUAGUAUGGCCCCAGCUGCCAUGACUGGUAUACCACCAAUGCAACAAGUGGCUGGUGCAGUACCCGUAAUGCCCUCUGCAAUGAUACCGGCAGCAACUGGCGUUCCUGGUGUUGCUGGCGUAGCAGGAAUGCCGGUAGUUACUCAGCCGGGUGCUAUGCCCGGUGUACCAGCUGUUCCCAUGAUGCCAGGCAUGAUACCUGGUGUAGUUCCUGGCAUGCCUGUUAUUCCAGGCGUUAUGCCAACAGCCGCGGUACCUGGUAUACCACCACCAAUUCCUGCUGCUCCAAAACUUGUAACGCCACCCACGGCAAAUGAACCAAAAGUGACACCACCAACCAGUAAUCCUCCUAGUCGUAAUAUGUCUAUUUCAGAAAGAGCUCCCUCUUUAGAAUCACCACAAGGCGAAUGGGCUGUUAAGGCUCCCGCCAAACGUAAAUAUACUCAAGUUUUUAAUGCCACUGAUCGCAAUCGUACUGGCUACUUGAAUGGUGUUCAAGCUCGUGGUAUUUUAGUACAAAGUAAAUUACCUCAGGCUACUUUGGCACAAAUUUGGACUCUGUCCGAUUUGGACAGUGAUGGUCGUCUCAGUUGUGAUGAAUUCAUUUUGGCCAUGUUUUUGUGUGACAAGGCCAUGACUGGUGAAAAGAUACCACCAACUUUACCCAUGGACUGGAUACCACCCAGUUUUCGUAAGGCAAAAUCACGUACAAGCUCUGUGUCGGGCGCUGGUUCCAGACCAGGCUCACAGCCCUCUUCCAGACAUGCUUCGGUUUCUUCGCAAGGCGCUGCCGAUGAUCCCUUAGCAGGUUUGCCUCAAACUUCCUUUGAAGAUAAACGCAAAGAAAACUUUGACAAAGGCCAGGCUGAGCUGGAUAGACGGCGUAAAUUGUUACAGGAGCAGCAACGCAAAGAAAAGGAAGAACGUGAACGCAAAGAGCGUGAAGAAGCGGAAAAGCGUGAAAAAGCCCGUUUAGAGGCGGAACGUAAACAACAGGAAGAAUUAGAAAGACAAUUGCAAAAGCAACGCGAAUUGGAACAGGAAAAAGAAGAACAACGAAAACGUGAACUAGAAGCCAAAGAAGCAGCCAGAAAGGAACUUGAAAAGCAACGUCUGUUGGAAUGGGAACAGGCGCGCAUUGCUGAAUUGAACUCACAAAAGCAGCGUGAACAAGAGCGCGUUUUAAAACAAAAAGCCCACAAUACACAACUCAAUGUGGAAUUAAGCACUUUAAACGAAAAGAUCAAAGAUCUUUCCCAAAAGAUUUGUGAGACACGAGCCGGUGUUACUAAUGUGAAAUCUGUUAUUGAUGGUAUGCGCUCACAACGCGACGGCUCCAUGUCCGAUAUGUCUCAGUUAAAGACUCGUAUUAAAGAACAAAAUGCUAAGUUAUUACAAUUGACCCAAGAGCGUUCUAAAUGGGAUGCUAAAGCUAAGGCAGCUGCAAUUUCGGGAGAUGUGGGUCAACAGGAACAGUUGACCGCUGCGUUUGCUAACAAACAAAUCAUUAUUAAACAACUAAAAGACAAAGUCGAAAAUAUCAGCAAAGAAAUCGAAUCGAAAAAGGAAGAUAUUAAUUCACACGACCUAACCGUAACCGAAGUCAAAACCGAACUAUCCGAUCUUAUAACAAAAUGCGAAGAACUCUAUGCGGACUACGACAAACAACGCACCCAAAUAUUGGAGAUGAAAUAUAAUAAGAAAAACGAAAAUGUUACAGCAGCUACCUCAGCCUGGGAUACAGGCUCAGCAUGGGGCGCCACCACAACAUCGAGCAUUGAUCAAUAUGCUGGCAUGACAAACGAUAACAGUGCCGAUUUAACAGCAGAACCGGUUGUACCAGUGGUCGACACCAGUGGUCCAGCACCCGAAGGUUUUGUUAAAUAUCGUGCAGUUUAUGAGUUUUCAGCACGCAAUGCCGAUGAAAUAUCAUUUGUUCCUGGUGACAUAAUAUUUGUUCCGUUGGAACAAAACGCUGAGCCUGGUUGGUUGGCAGGUGAAAUAAAUGGUCAUACGGGUUGGUUCCCCGAAACGUAUGUGGAGAAAAUGGAGGAUGAGGCGGGUAUAACGACAACAACACAAGACUUUACAGCACAAGAUUCAUAUAAUGACAACAGUCAACAGUAUGGUACAACUACCACGGAUGCCGUAGAAGCUGUGGAGCCCUCUACAGAUACUUACAAUGGCGAUGUUGAAUAUUAUAUAGCCGCUUAUCCUUAUGAAUCAGCCGAAGCGGGAGACUUGACCUUUAGUGCUGGGGAAAUGGUGAUGGUUAUUAAGAAAGAGGGUGACUGGUGGACGGGUACAAUAGGCAAUCGUACUGGUAUGUUUCCCUCAAAUUAUGUACAAAAAGCUGAUGUAGGCGGCUCAGCGGCCAUCACUAGCACCGAAACUGAAAUGACAGCAGCCUAUGAUGAUACCUUUAAGGAUAAUACCUUUAAUGGCAAUGCUCAAAAUGAAAUAAGCUCUGACAUUGCGGACACCACCACAGCUUUGCAAGAUCAACAACCAUUAGCCCCGCAAUCGCCAUUAACCAAUGAUAUGCCACCUGCCUCUGCCUCUGUCUCUGCCACUGACCUGUAUGCCGAAACGAAAAUAGCAUCGGCUGAGGCCGCUGCCGCCGAAGAAACACGUACAAAUGAAGAGUUGGACACGGAAGUAUCACAAAUAAAUACCCAAUCGAAUAAUAAAACACAAUCAAGUGAACCUGCAGAAUCUUACAGUCGUCCCAUGUCACGUACUUCUUCCAUGACUCCAGGUAUGCGAGCUAAACGUUCGGAAAUAGCACAAGUUAUUGCUCCCUAUGAGGCCACCAGCAGUGAACAGCUUUCGUUGACCCGUGGUCAAUUGAUAAUGAUACGCAAAAAGACAGAUUCCGGCUGGUGGGAAGGUGAACUACAAGCCAAGGGUCGACGAAGACAAAUUGGUUGGUUCCCUGCUACGUUUGUGAAGGUUUUACAAGGUGGUCGCAAUAGUGGCCGCAAUACUCCAGUCUCCGGUAGUCGCAUUGAAAUGACUGAAACGAUUUUGGAUAAAGUUAUUGCUCUGUAUCCCUACAAGGCACAAAAUGACGAUGAGUUAUCCUUUGACAAAGAUGAUAUUAUAAGUGUAUUGGGUCGUGACGAGCCCGAAUGGUGGCGCGGUGAAUUGAAUGGUUUAACUGGUCUAUUCCCCAGCAAUUAUGUGGGCCCCUUCGUAACGUCCGGUAAGAAAGUCAAUGGCAAAUAAAUAAUAAAGUUUUAGACAAAUUAUUUGAAAAUAAUAAUAAAAAAACUGAACUGCUGCCGCCCUCCUUGUACCAAUCAAUCAAUCCUACCAUUAAUUACUCCUCAUCAUGCUUUAAGUAUUUUAACAAUAAUGCUCUCUCUUAUCUUUUAUACAUAUAUUUUUAAAUUGUUGUUAAUUAUAUACAAUUUUUUUCUACUAGUAACUUCUAUUUUAUGUCUUAUUAAUUAUUAAUUAUGUUGUAUUUUUCUGAUCUGAUAUUUAUCAAAAACAUUCCGUUUAUUAUUUACUUUCGUUUACUUUUUUUUGUUAAAUUUAUAAAUUUUUUUUGGAAAUUUAAUUGAAAUGAAAUUUUUUUAACUUUAAGCAUAUUAUGUUUACUUUUUUCUUAGUUUAUAAAUUUUGUAACUUUAGUUAGUCAAGUCUAUAUUAUUUUUUUUUGUAUUCCUCAUUCUUUUAAAGCAAUUAUUGUUAAACAAAAAUUAUAUGUUAAUCAUAGUUACACUCCUGUUCGAAAAUCGAAAAAAAAACUUUGUUAAAGUACAUCUACAUUUUGUAUUCACGUUUAUUUAGUACGUAAAAAUUUCAAAUUUAUAUGUGUUUAUAUGAAUUAUUAUUUUGUAUCAUUUAUAUUAUUUUUAUUUACUUUAAUCCCUUCUCAUAUUGAAAUAAUGUCUGUAUAGUAGUUUUUUUUGCGUUAUUUAAGUUUUCUUUAUUAUAAUUUAAUCUUAUCUUAUCUAAUUUAAUUAAAUUAAUUUUUAAUUUAAUUACCAGUUGCCAAUGUAUGUGUGUAAAUAUAUUUAUAUGUGUAUUAAUUAUUAAAAAAAUCGCAAUUAUUUUUUUUUUAAUUUUAUGAAUUUUUUGUUUUUUUCUUCUUUAUUUUCUAGUAGUAUAAAAAUUGAUUUAAUUUAAUAAAAAAUUAUACCUUUUAUUUAA